AUGCAUCCUCGAAAAGAUCAGUCUGAAAUACCGCAAAGGAACAAUUCCGGGGGUACACUUUCUUCCAUCUGCUACAAACCCAGUCAGACUGAGAAACCGCAUAAAGCGGCGAAUACAAAAGUGAGGACUUCAAAGCCCGCGCCUCGACAACAAAGCAUCAAGUGGAAAGACGAAACGCCGGCCACUACAGUAGCCGUGAAGACCAACUGCGGCGAUCGGCUGUGUGACCUCCGUCAGAAUAUCGAGUGUCUGGUUCAAGAAGUCCAGCAGGAGAGCAAUAGCCUGCUCGACCUGGUACAACGAUCCCGUGAAUCACAGGUAACUGAUUCGGACUGCCCAUCUUCAGCACAACUCGAGCCGGCAAGAAAAGGUCGUUGGAAAUUGUCAAAAGCAGGACGUUCGAACAGUACUACCGCUCAGUCGGUGACUUCAGAACGCCCCGGCAGUUGUACUAGCCAACGGUCUCCCUCCCCCCUACUGGCAGAUUGUUGUACAAAGCUGUCGCCGGCGGGUUGCGAGUUGUCUCCCAAUCUCGAAUCCCUGCAGGAGCUAGGCUGGAUUUCUCAAGCCAUUUCCACAGACAUGCACAGCCUGGCCAUGAGCAAACGUAAUGCCAACCAAACGUCAGCCUGUUGCAACCCUGCGCCAAACACUGAAUGUAACCUGACUAUUCUGCGGACGCUGGGAGAACUGAAUGCCUGCGCUAGAACGCUCAUGCGGGACGUUAGCGAAACAACAACGUGCAUGAUGGAGGAUCGUAUCCGCCGUGCCUGUUGCCCCCCUCCUCCUCCUCCUCCGCCGCCACCGCCGCCGCCGCCACCACCACCGCCGCCGCCGCCACCACCUCCGCCCCCACCGGAGACCGACCCCCUCAUUCUGCAAGCACUGCUGGAGAUCAAGCAUGGCAUUACAAGCAUCGACAGGGGUAUGCGAGAGAGGGCACAAAGCGCACGAAAGUCGCGCAAGAAGACCCCGGAUGCACAACCGGCCAUGCGGGAGACCUUCAACGUCAUUAAAGAGAGUAUCCGAGCUCUGAGCACUCCAAAACCUUCUCAGACGCGCGCCCUGGCUUUGGCACAGAUGGCCGCUGCUGCGGCCACAAAACGAGCCCAGGAGGCGGAGGAGGAGACUCAGGAUCAGAUACAACACCUGAUGCGAGACAUCCGUGACAGCGUUUUCGCCCUAGAGGACCCCGAGGACACAGAGUCGUCUGAGGAUGAGUAA